AUCAUACACUUUAGUUUUAUUCAUAAAGAUGAUGAGACCUGCUCUUGCAUUAUUGCAUCUCUUGCUUCUCUUGAUUGUAGCAGUAGUAGAAUCAAGAAAAGACCUUAGAGAGAACAACAUUGAUGUUGAAGAAAUGAAGAAAGACCUCAAAGAUUUUGAACCAAGGCCAAAUGUUUCUGCUUUUGGAAACAAUGUAAUUGGUGCUGAAUUCACAAAGGAUUUUGAACCAAGACUAAGUAUCACUAAAUAUGGAAACAAUGAAAUUGGUGCUGAAUUUACAGAGGAUUUUGAGCCAAGACCAAGUAUCACUAAAUAUGGAAACAAUGAAAUUGGUGCUGAAUUCACAGAGGAUUUUGAGCCAAGACCAAGUCUCACUAAAUAUGGUGCAUAAAUGUAAAAGAAUGCUACUUCAACUAUGAUGGAGUAUAUUUAAAUAAGUCGUUGAUGCUUCAUGUUCAAUGAUUAGUAAGUAUGUAUCAUGUAUUUAUGUAUUUAAGCUUUUUGAAUAAUUAUUGUAUUCUUGUGAGGUAAACUGAGAUUGUUAGUGGAACUUUCACUUGUUUACCAAACUUGAUUCUCAUUUUCCUAAAUUUGAAGAGAUUGUUGUAACUGCAGUAUUAAUUAAAAUCACUCAUGUUAUUGGUGUGAAAAAUCAGUAAUUCAAGUGUUGUAAGUGAUUAUUAGGUUUUGGUAACCGGUUAUAGGAUGUAGUGUUUUUGGCUGUUAGAACAGGUGUAAUCGGUUACCACGUCUUGGUAACCGGUUACUUCUGAGUUGAGUUCUAAUUGUUGAAAUAAUUAUAACCGAU